AGUCCCCUUCCCUCAUUUCUCAAAGGGAUGAUAUUGUAGUUUUAAUAAUGACAUCGAGGUCUUAAAGUCUUCUUGCUAAACUUGGUGUUUGGACUUUUGCAGAAGUGAAGGGACCAGCAGUGUAAUUUGAGAGGGAGAGAGAGAGAGAGAGAUCCUACGGCCAAAAGCCAAACUGCCGUCGUUACCACCAAUCCAGAUGUAGAAGAAAAAGAGUAGCACGAAGCGGCUGGAACAGCUUCAGGCAGGUCUAGCUAGAAUCUCUCUCUGCUUUUGCUUGCAAGCUUCACUGCUUGGAAGAGAGGAGAGGGGAGGAAGGAGGAAAAACGUGGUGGAAGUGGAUGGGGAUCUUGGAGGGAAAGAAAUCAAAAGAACCUCCUCCCAAGGGUUUGCUCUUUCCUCCCUCCCCUCCCCGCCACCACGACGGGAGACGAUCUCGUGGGUGAAUCGCAAGCAAAGUGAAAAUAACUCGAUUUGAGGGACCCUUUCCCAGGGAGCCCCAAUGAAACCCCGCGCGAAGGGCGAGAGGACGUGAUCUCCCCGCUCCGUUGCUCUCCGCCUUUGUCCGCUGCUGGGGGUCCCGCCGUCGGGCAGCCUCUCUCCCGGGAUGCCGCUGGGGCUUCGCUUGGUAGGGUUGCUGGGCUGCUUGGCCAGCCUGUGCCGCGGCUACUUCGACGGGCCGCUAUAUCCGGAGAUGUCCAACGGGACGCUGCACCAUUACUUCGUGCCGGACGGGGACUACGAGGAGAACGACGACCCGGAGAAGUGCCAGCUGCUCUUCAGGGUGAGCGACCGGCUGCGCUGCUCGGCGGGCGGGGAGGCGCAGCAGCGGCUGCCACAGCCCCACCAGGCGGCGGCGCCCAGCCUGACGCCGCGCGAGGAAUUCACCAUCCUGGGCCGGCAGGUGGAGGACGCGGCGCGGGUGCUCGAAGGCAUCCGCAAGAGCAUCUCCUAUGACCUGGACGGUGAGGAGAGCUACGGCAAGUACCUGCGUAGGGAGUCCACGCAGAUCGGCGACGCCUACGCCAACUCGGACAAGUCCCUGGGCGAGCUGGAAAACAAGUUCCGGCAGGGCCAGGAGCACGAGAGCCGCGAGGAGAGCCGCCUCAACGACGACUUCCUGGGCAUGCUCGUGCACGCGCAGGCUCUCCUCAAGGAGACCCUGGCCGUCUCGACGGGCCUCAGGGACAAGUAUGAGCUGCUCGCGCUCACCGUCCGGAGCCACGGCACGCGCCUCAGCCGCCUCAAAACCGAGUACCUCAAAGGCUGAGCAGGAGCGGAGGGGACAGGAGCAGCAGCGCCACAACUUGGCACCUUCCACCCAUCCCUCACGCACAGCAACUUACCCCAGCAUUCCCUGUCGGCUCCGCAGCGACCACGUGGUGGAGACUUGCUGUGCAUGCUUUGGGUGGCCCAGUGUUUUUCUUCAUCAACGUCCUGGCUCUUCUUGUUGUUGUUGUUAUUACUUAGUCCCUCCUUAUUCCGAACCCGUCAUGGUGAUUGUAAUACCAUCCCCGCGUAGCACGUUGAAAAUGCAAAGAAAUAACUCUCCCAUGAGGCGGUGGUUCUCCUCAGGAGACAACCAGCUGGCAAUUAAUUGGUUUAUCAUAUUUUAUUUUAUUUUAUUGCUAUCAUGGAGGGGGCUGUUUUGCUUUAUUGUUGUAUGGGCUAUUGGUUUUUUAAUAAUAAUAAUAAUAAUCCCAAGCUCCUAUGUCUUUCCCAACUUUCUGGCAUGCAGAAAUUCAACAGGUGACUACUACAUCUCUGUCCAUUUUUUAAAAAAUGUACUUGUUGGAUUUUUGCAUGUCACACAGCUGUUAAAGGCACAUAGACCCUGUGGUGGUGGGGGGAGGUGGCUUGCAAGCGUGUUUUAUUUUGUGCAGUGUCUGCUUUGAGGAUUAUGUAUAAAAGGGAUAUGCAAAUAAUAUAAACAGUGUAGUCCUAUGCCUGUCUACUCAGAAGUAAAAUCUAUUGAGUUCCCUUGGCCUUACUCCCAUGUAAGUGUACAUAGGACUGCAGCCUUGCUGACUAAAAGAUUGGCAGAUCACUUAUAUAUAUGUUUUCCAGAUGUGUAGAGGCUAGAUUGUGACUUAGCAGCUUUUGGAGCCCACGCCACUGUGCAAUCAAGUAUAGCGCAGUUGUGGAUAAGUGGGUUGUACAACUUUCAAAAAAGUCUUAUUAGUAUAUGUGAUUAUAUGAUUAGAUAGUACUGGCCAUAUCCAGAAGCUUUAUAAUUAGUCACAUUUCAGCAAAGUUAGGCACUCUAAACUCAUUGAUUCAACUUGAUGUUGGCUUGUGGUCAAUAACCUUGGGAAAUAAGUCACUGAGGCCAAGAGAUAAUGACUUGCUAACAGCUUUUGGAUUUUUCUCCCUGCUUCUUCCCAACUGCAGCCACUUACUCAUGGGUUGUAUUUUCACUACAACCUGUGUGGUGGGCGACUGUUUUCCCCAUAUUACAUGAAUGAGCUAAGGCUGAGUGACUUUCCCAAGGCAACUGCCAUGGGUUACCCCAGGUCUAAGUCUUAAUAGAUUGUCUACUGAUGAUAAGUAAAUAAUGUUGUAAAACAAGAGAGUCCUGAUCUCUGCCAGACUGGAGGAUUUGUUGCUGCUUUCCUCCUUUUGUAAACCUGUUAGACUUACAGUAAGGAUGGUUAAAGAUGAAUUUUAUUCCACUUUUUCACUCACUGCAGAUAACUGACAUGUAAAGUUGUAUCCUGAUUAGUGAUUGCAAUAAUGAAAUCAAGGAAUGGUAGUUAUUUCAGGUUAUGUAAUCAGGAGUAGAAGGGCUAAUCUUUUGUGAACUUUUCUAGAAACAUAACUAAUUUUUUAUGAAGAGAAGUAAAAGAAUAAUUUCCCCAUUCUUUCAAUGUGUGUUGAGGAAAAUGGAAAUUCAGAUACUCGUUAGAUAUUGUAUGGAACCAAAGCGUGGAAGCUAUUUACUUGGCAAAGUACAAGGGUAUGAUGUUCGUCCAUGUCACGCAAGCCUGCAAGAACAUAGGUUUUUUAAAUUAUGGGGUCAAAGUCACCAGAAGGGGGAAAAACUCCCAUCUCUUUACCAUAUUUAAAAUGCAUGAAUCCAGAGCAUGGAAUACCUACAGUAACAGCAUGUAAUGCCUUUAGUCAUCAUCUAACAUACACCACCUUCAAUCAGUGCACAAUACACAACUAUGUGCUCAGUGCAUUUCUGAGUACAUUGCUUGGAACUUCCAAAAUAAGGGUUGUACUGGGGCCAUGAAUAUUCUGCUACUGGGGUUUGUUACAUCUGCUGGAUAACUUGGGAACUUUAAAAAUAAGGGACAGUCUUUAAGAUAUGAAACCUUGGGGCCUCCCAGGACAACUGUGUCAGACUUGAAGCAAUGACUUUCAACCUUUCCCUCCUCUUUCUUCAAGAAUUGUUUUAAAUGCUGUAAAAGGAUUUAACAUAGUUGGAAGCUACUGUUGAGUCUAGCUUGGCUCCCUCCAGGAUGUAAAGAUGGAAAGAGCCCAGCUGGAAUGCCAGCAGCAGUGAAAGAUUGGAAUCUGAGCCAUCCUUCCCCUCAAUGUAGGGAACUAAUCUUGCCAGAUCUAAAUUUAAAAAGUAAUUGCUGUGGUGUCCACAGAGUGGAGUUCUAUUGGAGCUGCAACAUUUCAAAAUAACAUUUGUUCCAUUAUGUGGAAUGACAGUGUUCCAUACUAAGGAACAGUUCCUUAGAAAUAAAAAUAGGGCUUUCUGGCAAUACUACUCCAAGGUCAAAACUGGCAAUUUUGUGCCAUUUGGAGAAAGACAACGGACUGCUUCCAAGGAACUGUUAGAAUAAAAUGAAGUAGCAAUCAGAUUUUCACUCUUAAGGGAAGGGCUGUUGUUUCUUCCUUAGCACUAGCAAUUUGCUCCACAGGGAAAUAAUGAAAUUCAAAUGGCUGAGGCUUUCAGUAGAUCACACUAGGACUGCUAGAGUCAGCAGGGCAGAAGGAGGCUUUGAGACCUAAAAGACAAAGCAAAACUAAGCAGAAAUGUGUUUUUUCUCAGUUUCAGUUUGCAGCUACCUGGGCCCAGAAGAGAGAUGAACUCACAGCAAUAAUUUGACUAGUGGCAAUAGGUUUUCCAUACCACCACCACCUCCUCCUCCUAUUAUUAUUAUUAUUAUUAUUAUUAUUAUUAUUAUUUAUUUGCUGCCUAUAUCAUCACUAUCACCAGACUGCUUUCCUCUAUCCCUUCUGUUUCCUAACUGCUUGCACUACAGGGAUGUGACUUGCUAUGUUAAAAAAUGAGGUGUUUUGCAAUUGCAGUGCCUGUGACACACUUCUACAGAGUUUGGCAUUUGGAAAUAAAUGCACACAUUAUGUACAAGGUGACUUGUGUCUGAAAGAAAAGACAUCCCUAAAACAUUUGUUCAGGUACUAAGCUACUACCAUCAAUCUUCAGAGACUUCAUAGCACAGAAUUUAGCACAUACUUGAUAGAAAUCGUUCCUGAAUUUGGAGGCACUCCUACCCUUCCUAAAAAUUUCCAGUCUUCCAGUCAUUUCAUCAGCAACAAUUCUAGGAAAACUAAGGCUGUGAAUCCUUUGCAUACUUACCUGGAAGUAAGUCCCACUGAACACAGUGGGACUUCUGAAUAAACAUGUCUAGGAUUGUUGCUCUGAAGCCCACAGCCCCAGCCUUCUUUUGCAAACACAUCCCAGUGCUCCCAGCACAUGACUCAUUCCUCCAUCUAUUCCUUGACCCAGUACCUUGCAGAAUAGUAGCCCUUUUGUGGUUAAGCUCUUUUAAGGCUUCUGCAAUAAAUGUCAAGUAUUAGAAGAUCUUUCUAAAAGUCAAGUUAGCCAUUAAUUUUUUUUUUACAUGAAUUCAGUGGGGCCUUCCCCUAGGAAAGCGAGUUUAGGAUUGCACACUUACCUGGAAGUAAGACCCAUUGAACUAAACUUAUGAACAGAAAAAUACAGGAUUGUACUGUAAGAUAAUUCAUAUAUCAAAAGCUAACUGACUGCCCUUCUGCCAUAACAAAGUGAACUAAUUAACCUGCGUGGUGCUGAAUCACAUAGUCAUGAAAUUUGUCAUGAUUGCACUAGUGGGACUUGGAGGAGGACUGUAAAAUGUGUGUUUUCCCCUUUUGUAGAGAAGGUUAGGGCUGAAUAUAUGCAUUUGCUAUGCUUGGAUUUGUAGAUUUGCAUAGGAUUUGCAUUAUUCAAACUUGUGCUGUUGCCCAUAUCUGUUUUCAGGAGCAGGCUGGAAUGAUCCAACAAUAGCUUGCCUCACACCAUGUUCAUCCUUUUUAAAACCAUUGUCAUUCCAUCAAGUGGGCACACAAUCUAAACGGUCAGACCCAGGCAUCAGACUAUUUUUAGCUAUGCUUACUUUUGUGAGAAACUGACUUUGUGUCUUCAGUUGUCUUUCUUGGAAGUCAACAAGGAAUGCACACAACAUAUCGUGACAAAGCAUGAUCCACAGUAAGAAGUCACAUAGCAACAAAGAGAUCUUAAAAAUACUUUAUGAUAGUAUUAGGUUAUCUAGAAGCAGGCUUACUUUAGUUGCAUUUCCACUGAUGCUCUAAGUAAAAUGGGAUAAAAUUAAGCCAGUGCUAAGCAUGAUGAAGUCCUAUUGAUUUCAGUUCUAUACAAAAGCAAGUACCAUUGAAUUAAAUAGGAUUUACUCUUCGAUAAGCAGGUAUGGGAUCACAGCCGCUUUUCCACAGAAAUCAGUGGAACUUCAAAAUAUUUAACUUGUGUGAGAAUUGGAUUCAUUUGAAUUUUUUAAAAGAACUCAGCAAUAAUAUCAAGUUUUAAAAACUGCUUUGGUUAUAAUGUAACUUAUUAAUGUGAAGGAUACCAUCUGGCACUUUAUAGGAGAUAUGAAACACGCUCUCUAAGAGUUUGCUUUUCAAGGUGGUAUUUAUUAAGUUUACUUUCUGGUUUACUAUUUCUUAAAAGUAUACAUUGUAAAUUGUAUGCAACACAUAUGAAGCUGAAAUCUUGAAGUAUUAAGUAUUCUAAUAUUUAAUAAUUAUUUUGUAUUCCAUUGUGUAUCUUCAAUUGUAGAUGAUGUAUUCUUUUUUGGACUUUAUUGCUUCUUUUAACAACAAAAAGGCACCCCUAAAUAUGAAUUCAACAGCCAUAUGUGGAUAAAGCAAGGAGUCUUAGAUCCACAUUGAGGUGUAUUUUAUAUAUAUAUAUAUAUAUAUAUAUAUAUAUAUAUAUAUAUAUAUAUAUAUUUCCUUUGUUUUCUCACUCAUUCAGAUAUGGACCUUUGGGUUGAUUCACUGUAAAUCAUCAAUACCCACAUCAAUCUGAAACACAUGUAGAUGCCAGAGUAUGCAAUUACCCAUUUAUGUAACUACCUUCAUACUAAUAAGGAUUAUUUCUCCUAUUAUUGUGCUGACAUGUAAGACCACUUUUUAAAAUUCCAGAAUCUACUUAUUUCCUUUUUUAUAAAACAUCAGUGUCCCCUCCUAAGCAUAUUUCCUUGUGAGACAGUCAUGUAAGCAUGCUUAGGAUUGCAACCUAAACCUGGGUAAAAUAAGUGUGUUACUUGUUCUAAGACACUAGUAAUGUUGCCAUACUUUUGCUAGCUUCUGAUUCAUAAAAUCAUUUGUGUUCCUAGACAAUAGCAAAAGAGCAUGGUUGGAAGUUGGGUUUUUUUUUUUGUUUUAAUUACAAUUUAUCCUUUUUAAUUCAAGACUGAAUGUAAUAUGAGCUACAUUGCAAGAAGGUAAAUUCUCUUCAUAUUCCAAUAAAUACUUAAAGGAAAACAUUGAGUCCUAUUUUGGGAGGCAUUUUAUUUUAAUCACAGCAUUCUGAAAGUUUUUUCCCCAUUUAGAUGGCAUUGCAAGGAUCUGUCAAGUACUAACAGGGCUACCAGUCAAGAGUUUGCUUUCAGUUAAAAUACAAUUUAAUUCAAAUUCAAUGUAAAGUUUCCAAGCCAAGUACGUUUUUAUAAAGUAGCAUUUUAAAAACACAGGUAACUUCCAGACUCUCAGUAUUUUGCAGGUGAGAUUCAACUACAUGCCGGUAUAUUCAUGUUAUGCAAUUGAAGUGGAUUAGGCACUCUAGCACAGCAAACUCUGCCCCCCCCCAAUAUAUAUAGACAUUUGUGGUAAUGAAAACGAUGGUAAAAUGCACUGAAAAAUGUGUGAUAACAAUUACCUGGUGUGUUGUCAUAUAACCUCACAAACCAGAA